AGCAACGAGAAGAAAAAAAGACAGUAAAUAGGUCGGGUCAAACUCUCUUAGGAUGCUUUUAUGGCAUGUGACUUAUAAUUAAACCGUAAAUUAUUUAGAAAUACCAUGACUGGUUACAAAAAUCCGGGACGCGGAGCGACCGAGAUAUUUUAAUGGCAUUUUUGCGAGGUUGUACAGCUAGAUGCGGACCUCGAAUCUACCUAUGGUUCAAACUGAUCUAGAAGACUUACAGGAUAUAUUACAUGGAGACUAGUUGGUCAUGCCGAGGAAGGAAUUACCGUUGCCAGAGGGCUGGGAAGAAGCCCGAGAUUUUGACGGAAAAGUCUAUUACAUUGACCACAAAAACCAGUCUACCAGCUGGAUCGACCCAAGAGACAGGCACACCAAGCCCCUGACCUUUGCUGACUGUAUAGGAGAUGAGUUACCUUUGGGAUGGGAGGAGGCUUAUGAUCCUGUAGUGGGUGCCUAUUAUGUUGACCAUAAUACAAAGAGCACUCAGCUGGAGGACCCACGAGUGCAAUGGCAGCGGGAACAGGAGCUCAUGCUGCGCGAUUACCUCAAUGUGGCCAAGGAAGCACUGACAGCACAGAAGGAGAUAUACCAAGUCAAGGAGGAGCGUCUCCGUCUGGCACAGCAAGAAUACCGGCAGCUCAAUGAUGCUUGGAGGGACAAGUCUGCUUCACAAACAAGCUUAAAUUCCAGAUCCUCAUCAAGCAGUAAAUACGAUCCUGAAAUUCUCAAGGCGGAGAUUGUGACCGCAAAAAGCCGGGUGAAUAAGCUGAAGAAAGAUCUGGCCUGUAUGAGGCAGGAGCUGCUUUAUAAGGAACAGGGAUUUGAAACGCUGAAAGAAAUUGACCAGAAGGUUUCUACCAACUCGUACGGAUAUAAGCAGCAUGAGGCACAGGCCAUCCUGAAGGAGGUCAGAAGCAUUAAAGAUGCCAUCAGCUCUGGAGAGAAGGAGAAGCAGGAACUUAUCCAGAAACUUGCUGUGCUAAAGGAUGGUUUCAACUUGGAUUAUGGUUCUCAGUCUGAGCUUUGGGCCAGUAACUCCAACCUGUCACUCCCUCGCCUCUUCUCGGAUGCAGAGUCCCAGACGGAUAUUCAGGCUGAGCUGGUUUCGAGCUCCAACAAGCUGGCUGAGAAGGUACGACUGAGCUUGAUGUAUGAAGAGGCAAAAAGAAGGAUCGCAAACAUUAAAGUCCAGAUUGCCAAGCUGGACAACGAGUCAUGGCCAGGCCUGCUGGACCCUGAGCGAGACCGGCUGAUCCUCAUCAGCGAGAAAGAGGAGCUGCUGAAGGAGCUGCAGUAUGUCAAGCCCUGUAAACGAGCUCCCAGUGACGCUGAAAAGAUCGAAACUGAGAAAAAGCGGCUAGAGCAAGACCUUCAGGCGGCACGCGACAGCCAGAGCAAAGCCUUGACUGAGAGGUUGACGUUGCACUGCAAAAGGAACAAAUUGGUGAAGGAGCUGGAAGAAGUAGUGAGGCAGGCGUCCUCGCUGCACACUCAGCUGAAAAGUUUGUCGGCUAGCACGCUAUCCUGUUCCUCAGGGAGCAGCCGUGGCUCUUUGGCGUCGAGCCGCGGCUCACUGGCCGCCUCCAGCCUCGGUUCGUUAUCCUCGCUCAGCUUUACCGAUGCCUAUUUGGAGCAUCAGAGCGAGCUGAGCGACCCAGACUUCCAGGUAAAGUUGGACUCAUUGCUGCCUGAGGGAACCUCAUCCAGCUACAGACCUUCUAGUUCCAUCCCCACCAUUCAUGAGAACGAGGUUGCAUCCGGGCCUGCCUCUGUUGAUGCCGGACCUGGCGUCGGUCUACGCUCUCACGGCCUUCCGGUGUCUGAGACGCCGGCCUCCAUGAGCUCUCUGUCUCCACGCUCCUCACUGUCUUCACUCUCUCCUCCCUGCUCUCCUGUUGUUCCUGAUGCCUCUUCACUGGGCGGAGAAGCUUUUCCAGGAUCUGCAUCGCAACUUGACCUGGAGCUGCAGGCCCGGCUCAACGAGCUCAGCCUGGAGGGGGACGCCAAGCAGGACGCCACUAAAGAUCUGGAUCCUCAAGCAAAGGUUUUGGGGUCCAACUCGAAUAAGGUCGGCGUGACUUCGGCCGUGUCCGAUGAAUCGGUGGCAGGAGACAGCGGAGUGUACGAAGCUGCAGAGAAAAGGCCAGGAGUUCCUGCUGAGCAGCUGCUGGGUUAUGAAGAAGGAGUAUCGGUUAUCGGCGCUCAGAUCAGACUGGGCUUAAAGUACGAAGCUAAAGAGAAGCGUUUCGCUGUCUUCGUCAUGCAGCUGACCAACUGCAGCACACUCUCUGUUCCUGCCAACCAGAACUUGUAUGUUCGAGUGGUGGUGCUGCCCAGUCUAGAGGCUGCUCGCUGCCUGUUCCGCACACACAGUGUUCUACUCCAAGACACACUGGAGCUGAACGAAGUGUUUGCAGUGCGACUUUCCCCGACCGCCCUAAGACAGAAGACCCUUCGCAUUGAUGCCUGCUCCAUCACCAAGUCUGGGAGAGAAGAGUGCCUGGCCGGUGCUCAGAUCAGUUUGGCUGACAUGGAUUGUUCAGAGGAGUGGUGCAUGAAGUGGUACAAUCUUCUCAACUAUAUGCACAUUGCAGACAUGGAUGGCAAUAACAAAGAGCCAGAGGCCCCCAGGCAACCAGACGAGACAACAAUAACAAACAACACAGAGAAUGAAGCAGCAGCUUUGGAGACUGCAGCCGAAGCAGACUGGCCUCCGGAGAGUGACAUGUUUAUAGAUGGAGUGAGCAGUGACAUUGAAGGGGAAGAAUUUAACCCGGAAAGCUGCCAAUGGGAGGUGGAGGAGGAGGAGGAAGAGACAGCAGUUAUUGAGCCGCUUCCACUAGCACCUGUUCCAGAGAAGGUGAAUAAGGAGACCAGCAUGGUGGGCCUCCCUCAUUCCGCCUCUGUGGUACGGCCCAAAGAGCGGCGGCCUGAGCUCAGCCAGCAGAAUCCUUUCGUAAGGGGAAACACAAUCAUUCGUUCCAAGACUUUUUCACCUGGUCCUCAGAGCCAGUACAUCUGCAGGAUCAACCGUAGUGACAGUGACAGCUCCACUCUGUCCAAGAAGUCUCCCUUUGUCCGGAACGCCUCAGAGAGACGCAGUGUCCGCAUUAAAAAGCCCCCAGUGCCUGCGCAUGGGUUGGAUGGCAUGAUGCGCACCCCUCUCGACCUAGAGCUCGAGCUGCAGGUGUCCAGGACACGCCACAACCGACUGGCUGCGGAGCUGCACGUGCUGCGGGAGCUGAAGGAGCAGAUGGAGAGAGCGAGGCAACAGGGCCAACGCAGCCUCCCCACAUGGGUGCAGGAGGAUGAGCGCUUCAGACAGCUGCUUGCACAUGCUGAGAAACAGACUCGGGAGGAACAGCUACAGGAAGAAAGGGUAGAAAAGAUGAUGCGGGCAGCAGCAAAAGAAGUGCACAAGAUCAGAGGACAGAGUCGAAAAGAAGGGCCCGAAGUCCAGUCGUUUCGGGAGAAGAUGGCCUUCUUUACCCGAGUAAAGAUCAACGUUCCUGAUCUACCAGCUGAUGAUGUUUAAAAGGAUCUCGAGCAUUUCUGCAUCGUAACUGCUUGUUUUUUUGUUGAAGAAGUAGCUGAAGAAGCUGACCUCUGGUGGUAUUAUGAAGAAUUAUUACAGAAAACGAGUGUGUUCAGUAGGAAUGUCAUUUUUUGAAAACACUGGGUUUUUAGCUCUCAGUUGAACAUCUGUAGAGUUUUUCUGAUUCUGUUCAAUUUUUUAAGGUAGUACCAACAACAGCAUUGUUUUUAUUUUUUUAUUUUAUUUUUUUUGCUCUCUGUAGUAGUGUUUUCUGUUACUAAUAAUUGUAUAUUGGUAUCUGUAUUAGGUGUUUUUUGUGUUAGUUGAUCAUUCCAAACACCAGUGUGUAAUUUUUAAAUAAGUAGGGAAAAGCAUUUGCUUCGUUGAUUGAGAGGCUUACUGUAAUGCAAUGAUGUGAAUAUAGAUCUUUAUGGUACUCUUUAUGAUCGAUAACGCAAUAGCAUGGAAAUCACUAUUCAGAUGUAUGUUACUGGUGAAUAAGGAAAAACAAAACACUAUGAUUGUGAUGUCACUGUACCAGCCAUGGCAUUGAUCACUCACACUUUUAGUAAGAUUAGGACAGGUUGAUACAUUUAGCAAGAUCAGAAAGCAACUAACAGUAGGGCAAAACUUUUACACCCUGAUCAGCGACAGUACCAGCUGGUUUUCAAUGUUCGGUAAUAUGUAUCCACAUGGCACAGCACACAAAGCACAACGGCUACAGUCCCAACACUUAUGUGUAAACUGCACUUAGUCCCUCAGCCUCUCAGGUAGUAUCUUGGCUAGUUCAUGCACUUUAAUAGUUAGUAAUCUGAGAGCUGGGAAAGCAAGCAAAGCACAAUAAAUAAGUAAACCCCUGAUCUCUGCAUUUCUCCUUAACCAAGAAUCAAAAAUGGAUCUUAAAUGUUUAAUUAUGAGACCAUGUGACCACCCAGGCUAUUUUGUAAUAUCUACAUAAUAAAAACACCUUAGUUUAUGAUA